UCGCGCGACCUGGAGCUGCCGCCGCCGCCCGCCGCCGCGCCUCCGCCGCUCUUCGACGACGACGACGACGGCUGCGACGACGUCGCGCUGCUGGUCCCCUACGCGUACUGACGUCGUGUGCCGAAAUCCUAUUUGUGUAAAAUCCAGUAAAACUUCUUAUCGCGUUGAAAUAUAUUGGGACUUUUACGACAACGUUUCGCAAAACGUACGCGCGCGCGGCGUUGACGCCUCAGUUCGCCGAGGCCGCCGGCGUCGCCCAGCGCUGAGCGGCUCGUCCCAGGGGCGUCAACGGCGACUCGGGUCUCGAUACUAUGGGUCGAUUAGAAUCGAAAAUAGCAAUAUUUGUGAGUUUAGUGAAUAAAUCGACAGUCGCGAGGCGCAGUCGUCCCAGGCAGUGGUCGCGGCAAGUGAUCCGUCAACACCAGAGGGGCGCUCCACCCCACGAAACGCACUGCCGCCGUCAUGGAGGUUCGUACCUAAUCUCCGUUCAUACUAUGUUAACAUGGGCUGAAUUCUUUUUGCUUUCCCGAUUUUUCUGAACGGUUACAAGCGCCAUGGUCACGGGUUGACUGGCAGAUGACGGCUCUAAAAACAAACCCUCUUUCGCUGUCGACAACUACCUUCAUCUCGAUUACUAGUGCGUUGCCAUUGUCAUUCACUUUUUGUAUGCACACGCGAAUCUCAAGCUGAAGCGUUUUUGUUUUUAUUAUUGUAAGUACUGCCCCGACUAGUGGCUUGGGCCAUAAGCUCGUUUAAAUAGUAUAAAUCCCCUGGUGAGGACAGUAUUAUUCCCAUGUUGCUGCAGCAAGGCAUAAGUGUACUCUUGCCAUACCUGGUCAAAAUAUACAGAGCCAGUCUUGCUUGGGGACACAUACCCAUGCAAUGGACAAUGUGUAAAAUUGUAUUUAUACCGAAGGUAGGCAGAAAGGACUACUCUCUUGCUAAGUCCUGUAGACCCAUCUGCCUAACCUCAUUUUUGCUUAAGGCAAUGGAGAAGGUACUUGACAAUCACAUUAGGGCUUCGUCCUUAAUAUGUAGUCCUAUCCAUCACACUCAACAUGCCUAUCAGAAUGGAAAGUCCACAGAGACAGCUUUGCUCCACCUUGUGGACAGGGUUGAAAGAGCGUUUGAGGACAAACAAAUAGCACUGUGUGCCUUUCUAGACAUUGAGGGUGCAUUUGGCAAUACACCCAUCCAUACUCUGGUGAAGGGCCUAACCUGCAAAGGUGUGGACACUUCAACCACGAGAUGGGUACAGAACAUGCUUUUAAGCCGCAGGGCCAGUAUCUCGUUACAUGGGGACCGACUUGUAGCCUCCACAGUAAGGGGUUACCCGCAAGGUGGAGUCAUUUCUCCUCUCCUGUGGACUCUUGCUGUGGAUCAGAUUGACGCUCAGGGAUAUGCUGAUGACCUGGUGAUCACAAUUCGAGGGCACUGCCAAAGUACUAUAUCAUCACUUAUGCAAGGAGCACUUGACACCAUUUCCGCGUGGUGUCAAGAUAACGAAUUAUCAAUCAAUGCGGAAAAGACAACCAUUGUUCUCUUCACCUGGAGACGGAAACUAGACAAACUAGUGGAACCAAUUCUUGGUGGCAGGACUGUGAGCUUUUCCGCAGAAGUCAAAUAUUUAGGGAUAACUCUAGAUCAAACCCUAAGGUGGAACCACCAUAUAACUAACACGAUCAACAAGGCCAAGAUGGCCUUAGGUAUCUGUACCCGUAUGGCGGGAUAGCGUUGGGGUCUAAAACCAAAAAUGACGCUCUGGGUAUAUAAGGCAAUUGUGAGGCCCAUAGUGACUUACGCCUCUGUUGCUUGGAGUGCUAAAGUCAGCCAAACAAUCACAAUUGUCACUUUGGGCAGUCUACAGCGCGUCGCGUGUCGUCUAGCAACGGGAGCCAUGUCCACCACACCUGGGGCAGCCCUAAAUGCAUUGCUGAACCUCACUCCUCUGCAUUUAUUCAUACAGACGGAGGCCAGUUCCAGCAUGUACAGGCUUACCACUAGGUUAGGGAGUAGAUGGCUCUCCCAGACAUUGAGAUCAGCCCAAAACACAAUUCUGGAACACUAUGUUCUGGGAAUGACUUCUGAUGUCAUGCUUCCCAAAUAAAACUUUAAAAAAACUCUACCAGGUAGAAUUUCCUACUAGGGAGGACUGGGAAACUAACAGCCUCACCUGGAAGAACGGCAGCCUUCUAUGGUAUACCGAUGGGUCUAAGAUGGGACCCAACGUAGGCUGUGGUAUACACGGUGUGAGACCCAGGCUCAGCUACAAGCUGAACAUGGGACGACACUCCUCUAUCUUUCAGGCCGAAGUGUACGCCAUAAUUACUUGUGCGGAUUUGAACCUGAAGAGAGGCUACGUUGACAAGCACAUUUACAUAAACUCAGAUAGUCAAGCGGCUCUACAUGCACUAGCCUCAGUCACCCAAACAUCGUGGAUUGUAGAGAACUGUGUAAAUAUACUGAACACUCUCGGAGAAAGUAAUACAGUGGUACUGCGCUGGGUUCCAGGCCACUCUGACAUCGAGGAUAAUGAGUCAGCGGAUGAACUGGCAAAGACUGCUGCUAGGGAAACCUUUAUUGGACCCGAACCCUUCAUAGGGAUAGCAUGCAGCCUGGCAAAGCUCACCCUGCUAAAUGAGAGCACACACCUCUCCCCAGAAGUGUGGCUACUGAACAAGAGUCUUGUGCAUUCAAAAGCCCUGAUAUCUGCCUACAGUGCCAAACACUGUAGAGAAGCUCUGUCAUUGGACACGAAUGGCAUAAGAAUGCUCACUAGAGCCUUAACAGGGCAUUAUGGCUUAAACAAGCACAUGUCAAAUAUUGGGCAGAGAGAAAAUAAAGAAUGUAGAUUUUGCCACACGGAGGAUGAAACUCCUGUUCAUCUACUCACCCAGUGCUGCCCCCUGAUGGGCGUACGAAGUUCCGUCCUGAGAAGGCACAUGCCACAACUAGAGGACAUUAAAUCUGUCGGAGCCAGGAAAGUCCGUUUUUCAUUGCUGUCGGCCUUGGCUCUGCACUGUAAUUAGUGGCGAUCACAAUAGAUCAGUCAAUAGUCGCAGUGAUGAUGGGAUGCAUAGGCCCUGGAUGAAGCCACCCUAAUAAUAAUAAUAAUGCAGAAGGCGGUCCUGCUCGAUACGGCACGUAUUGUUCGCCGAUUCUUGGACCUGAGUCCCAACUGUGCC